AUCUGAUCUCUUUCACUUUCCUCUUGAGUUUGGUAUAUUCUUCAUAUUAAGCUGUGGGAGAGAAAGGGUCAAGGACCUGCAAAUUAAUUCAUGUCAGGAGUUUCAAUUUCAUCAUCAGCUAAUUUUCACGUCUUUACUUUCUGUGUUGCCUUCGUCCUUGUUCUCACAGCUUCUUUAACAAGAGCUCAGAAUGAAACUCAAGCCACCACAGAUCCCUCUGAAGCGAGAAUUUUGAAUUCAAUAUUUGACCAAUGGAACAUAAAGGCUGACACUCAACAAUGGAAUACAACCGGGGAUCCGUGCAGUGGAGCCGCCAUAGACUCCACCAGCUUCGAUGAUAAAGCAUACAACCCCUUUAUCAAAUGCGAUUGUUCUUCAAACAAUAUUUGCCACAUCACCCAAUUGAAAGUAUAUGCAAAGGAUGUUGCUGGGCCAAUCCCAGAAGAGCUAUGGAAUCUGACCUUCCUCUUCAAUCUCAAUUUGGGCCAAAAUUACUUGACAGGUUCUGUUUCUCCAUCCAUUGGCAAUCUCACCAGCAUGCAAUACUUGAGUCUUGGAAUAAAUGCCUUAUCAGGGGAGGUACCAAAGGAACUAGGACAACUUACUAAUCUAAUAUCUUUGUCUUUUAGUUCAAACAACUUCUCUGGUUCUCUUCCAUCUGAGCUGGGGAGGUUGUCAAAACUACAACAACUUUACAUUGAUAGCUCUGGAGUUAGUGGAGAGAUUCCUUCAACAUUUGCAAAUCUUCAAAGCCUCCAAACAGUAUGGGCAUCAGACAUUGCACUUACAGGCAGAAUACCCGACUUCAUAGGAAACUGGUCAAAUCUUAAUACCUUGAGGUUUCAAGGAAACUCUUUUGAAGGGCCCAUUCCAUCAACAUUUGCAAAUCUAACUUCUCUAUCAGACUUGCGAUUGAGCGAAGUGUCAAAUGUGAAUUCUUCUCUCGCAUUUAUCAAGGACUUAAAGUCUCUAAGCACCUUGGUGCUGAGGAAUAACAACUUCACUGGUCCGAUUCCGUCGGAUAUCGGGGAGUACCAAAAGUUGUUACGGCUGGACUUGAGCUUCAACAAAUUAAACGGACAGAUUCCGGACUCUCUUUUCAACUUGAGUUCACUCUCUGAUCUGUUUCUAGGAAACAAUAGUUUGAAUGGUUCACUGCCCCAAGAAAAAAGCAAAUCUCUUCUCACUAUAGAUGUUACAUACAAUAAUCUAGUGGGCAGUAUUCCUUCAUGGGUCAAUGGAACAAACUUAAAGAUUAACCUGGUUGGCAACAACUUUACAAUACAAAGUUCAGAGAACAGAGAUCUUCUUUCAGGAUUGAACUGCCUCCAAAAGGAUUUCUCUUGCAAUAAAGGCAAUCCCAUAUAUUACAACUUUGGAGUUAAUUCUGGUGGUUCUCAAAUCACAUCAUCUGAUGGUAGCAUUGUGUAUGAAAGGGAUGAUGAGACUCUUGGUCCAGCUAACCACUUUGUGACCAGCACCAACAGAUGGGCAGUUAGCAAUGUUGGACUUUUCACGGAAAACAACAAUGCUAGUUAUACAAGUUCUUCUUUGUCUCAAUUCACAAAUACUUUGAACUCGGAACUUUUCCAGACAUUAAGGCUUUCUGCCUCGUCGUUGAGGUACUAUGGCCUGGGACUCGAGAACGGUAACUACACCGUGCAACUCGAGUUCACAGAAAUAGCUAUUGAGAACACUCGGAGUUGGAAGAGUCUCGGAAGGCGUGUAUUUGAUAUCUACAUCCAGGGGAAUCGUGUUUUGAAAGAUUUUGAUAUCCGAAAGGAGGCCGGCGAGAUAUCCUUCCGGGCUGUCCAGAAGGAGUAUAAGGCUCUAGUGUCAAAUAACUACCUUGAAGUGCAUCUCUUUUGGGCCGGGAAAGGAACUUGUUGCAUACCUCAACAAGGUACCUAUGGACCUUCCAUCGCAGCCAUCAGUGCUACCCCAGAUUUCACGCCAACUGUGAGUAACAAGCCUCCGAGCAAUGAGGAGAAUAGGACAGGGCUGAUUGUGGGAAUUGUUGUUGGUGCUGGGGUUUUAGUCCUUCUGUCUGUUUUUGUGAUCUUCUUUAUUAUCCAUAGAAGAAGAAAAGCUAAAAUGUGUAAU